AUGGCAAAACGACGAAGAAAACGAGGAAAACGAAUUGACGACGAUAAAGACGAAAACAACGUAAACGUCAAAGUCAACGACGACAAGACUUUUAGGGUCAACGGCAAGGUCAACGGCAAGGUCAACGGCAAGGUCAACGGCAAGGUCAACGGCAAGGUCAACGACAAGUUCAACGACAAGGUCAACGACAAGAAACGACGACAACAAAAUACCGACCACAAAAUACCGACCACAAAGAUGGGCGGAGAAUAG